CAUCACCCGUAUCCAGUCACGUUUACAACUCGAUAUCUUUUCACUUUCGAGGAUAACCCCGCUGUGAGAUUGUUCCACAUUUGAAAAGUUGGGCUUUGAGAGGCCGCGACAGGGAGAAAGAAAGAGAAUGACUUCUCCCGGCGAGUGGCUGGAGAAGGAGUUGCUGGAAAUAUGCAAUAGAGUCGAAACGGGUUUGGAUUUGGAUAGUGAAAUCAUAUCGGGUCUUGUAUCUUACUGCGAGCUUGCUUCGCCUCUCGAUGCCAAAGAGUAUCUUGAUAAUAUCAUUGGACAAGAGUUUGGAAAAAGUGUAAUUGAGGAAUACAUGAAGAGGAGAGGUCAUUCAAACAUCAACCUGACCAUUCAAGAUGCUUCUACGUCCCACUUACACACAUACAUAAAACCACCUUCCAAUGAUAGUUCAACCCUCAGAACUAAAAAGCCUAUGAAAAUACAAAAAGACAAAGAAGCCCCUGUUAAACAGGAAACUCAAACCAAAUCCGAGACCUCAGACUCAAAAAACAAGCAAAGACAGGGUCAAAACCACUCCAAAAAGAAGUCUGGCAAAGUGCUUUCUCUCGCUGAGGCAGCAAAGGGAUCUAUUGUGUUUCAACAAGGGAAGCCGUGUUCAUGCCAAGCCCGUAGGCACAGGCUUGUUAGCAAUUGCUUGUCGUGUGGGAAGAUAGUGUGUGAGCAGGAAGGCGAGGGGCCUUGCAAUUUUUGCGGUUCUCUUGUUCUCAGAGAAGGCAGCUCAUAUGCUGGUCUUGAUGGGGUACUCGCCAUCUCAGAUGCUGAGUCAGCGGCUGGAGCCUUUGCUAAAAGGCUUGUAGAUUAUGACCGCAACUCUGCAGCACGUACAACGGUGAUAGAUGACCAAAGUGAUUAUUAUGAGAUUGAAGGGAAUAGCUGGUUGUCAAUGGAGGAAAAGGAACUCUUGAGAAAGAAGAAAGAGGAGAUUGAAGAGGCUGAACGUGCCAAACGGAGUAAAGUUGUAGUGACCUUUGACCUUGUUGGUCGCAAGGUGCUGUUGAAUCAAGAUGAAGUCUCUCAUGAAUUGCAUAAUGGGAUUCUAACCCGGCCAUCUGAGGAAAAGGAGAAGGAAGCUGUUCGCGUUAAGCCAAACCCAAAUCUCAAGAUACGACCAAUAUUCCUUGAUCCGGGCCCCAGGAGAACUCCCAAGGAGGAACCAAAGAAAGUUUCAAAGAAUGGCUUGUGUUUGGAGGUCACAGGAAGAGUACAACAUGAUACCAAUGAACCGACACAUCUGAAGAAUGACAACCAUCAAGAAAGGUCUUCAGGUGCUGCCAAGUCUUUGUAUGAACCCUCUGUUUACAGGAGUUCCUCUAUUGCAGAUGAUAGUGAAUGCUCUUUAGAUUACUAUUGAAAUAAAGAUAUGAUGUAUAUUAACCAUGUACGAAGUUUACCUACAGAUACCUCUUAAGUGAUUGCAGAGCAGUUGAGUUCUGGAAAGUGUGAUCCGAAUAGGAAAAAGAUGACACUUUGAUGCUCAGUGCAUUUAGUUAAAUUAACAAUAUGGUUACUCAUGGGUGUAUUUAGCGGUUAAUUAUUGUUUAAAAUGUACUUUCCGUAAAGAUGCAAAUUCAUUCAAUUAUUAUGAAUGAUGAAAGGCAUCUUAUUUUUGUUCUUAGGAUGUUUUUACUUCGAUUAAAAUUUGUUGGUCUGGUCCCUGUGUAUUUUACAAGUAUAGAAGUCAGAUAUGAUCUUCCUUUGGAA